AUGACUCUAGAAAAGACACUCAAAGACGGUAUUUACUCGCCGGUGCCAACAUUCUUCAAAAACGAUGCGGCCCAGUCUCUCGACACUGCCACGCAGCAAGAACACGCGCGGCUGCUCUAUCGCAGCGGCAUUUCAGGGAUUCUGGUCGGAGGCUCCACAGGCGAGGCAGUUCACUUGCCUUUGGAGGAGAGAGCGGCCGUUGUGAAGUCUAUUAGAGAUGCUGUUCCAAACUCCUCGUUCAAAAUCCUCGCUGGCGGUGUUGGAUCUUGUGUUCCUGAGCUGUGCCACCAGGCUGCCGUCUACAAGGAAAACGGCGCCGAUAUGAUGAUUGUGCUUGUUCCUGGUUACUAUGGCCCUGCAAUCACCACCCAGAGCGGCCUGGAGGCCUGGUUCCAUGACCUAGCAGACAAAUCCCCACUGCCUAUAGUCGUGUACAAUUAUCCGGGAGUCCAAAAUGGCAUUGAUCUUACGGGAGAGACAUUUACCAGGAUCGGAAUGCACAAAAAUAUUGUUGGUUGCAAGCUGACCAACUUCAACUUCCCGUUGUACACGAUGCUGGGCCAGAACGAGAAGCUUAAGUCGUCCGACUUUACUCCUCUGUCUGGCGUCGGACAGGUUCUUGUUCCGUCUCUUUCUGUGAACGUGAACGGAGCAAUCGACGGUUUCUCUAACGUCUUCCCCAAAUGUCUUGUCAGGAUCAUGGAACUGUACAAAGCGCACAGAUACAAAGAAGCGCUGGAGUUGCAGGACAUGAUCACGAGAAUCAACGAAAUGACGGCUGCCACCAACCUGAUUGGUCUCAAGUAUGCUCUAAAGUACAAAUACGGCUUUGGAGAAACCGAGAUCGGACGUCCCCCACUCAACCACUCCAUGGACAUGGAGGUGUGGAAAAAACACCUGCCGCUAUUUGAACAGCUCUCUAAAAUUGAGGACUCUUUAUAG